UCUCUCUUAUAGCAUAAAGCGCGCUCACGUGGACAGUUGAAGCGCGUUCCCGUCGGCGGUCAGCACGCGCCGCAGUCCCGUGCUGCGCCUGAAUGGUGCGUAACCAUGACAACAGCGACAGCAGCAGCAGCAGUAGUGGCGGCGGUGUCGCGGUGAAGCCGCGCGUUUAUUAUUCCGGUGAACGGAAAUCUGAUCGCUCGCGCACACACACACAGGCACACCUGCGAAAGAGCUCAAUACACAAUCGAUCUUAAUGUCCUAGGAGCGCACAGAAGCGGGACAGAACCGGGACAGAACCAGGACAGGAAGGUGUGGACCGGAGCGGGGUCUCGCGGCACAGGUGAUGGAAUAGGUGAUGUCUGAAGUACAGGGAACUGUGGAGUUUUCUGUGGAGCUACACAAAUUUCACAAUGUGGAUCUCUUCCAGAGAGGGUUCUAUCAGGUGAGGGCGGGUCUGCGAGUGUCACCACAUGUUCCACACAGGUUUAUAACCACAACACCUGGGCAUACAGGCGAGUGUAGUUUCACCAAGGCUGGAGUGUACGAUGGAGUUGUGUUUGGUCGGAUAUUUCAGAUCCUCUACAGGAACGAGGAGGUUUCGCUGGAGGACCGUGUCAUCUUUCGAGUUCACCUGCUACUGGAUGGAGACAGGGUGGAGGAGGCACUGAAUGAAGUGGACUUCCAGCUGAGACUGGACCUGCAUUUCACUGAUGUGGAGCAACAGUUGACUGAUAUCUCGUCAGUGCCUGUGAUCAGCAGUAGGACUCUGGGUCUUCAUUUCCACCCACGCAGCGGCCUGCACCACCACCUUCCCGUCAUGUUUGACUACUUCCACCUGUCUGUCAUCUCCAUCACUGUCCACGCCUCCUUAGUGGCUCUACACCAACCGCUCAUCAGUUUUGCGCGCAGUAAUAAAGGGGCGUGGCUGGGAAAGAGCUCUCCAGAGAAUGAGACUCCGCCUCCUGUGAUGUCAGUGGAGAACCUGAUGUUUGGGGCAGGAUACUGUAGACCAAUACUUACUGAGGGCAGUUUUUACGUGGCAUCAGAGAACUGCCUGCAGCGAGCUUAUACGUGGCACAGGACUCUCUGCCGCCUCCUGCUGGCUGCUUAUAAAGGCCUGGGUUUCUCCUACACAGUGCUGAUGAAGGACAAUCCUGAAAUGCAGCGCUGUGAGAUAGAGGAGCUGCCGGUUGAGGAAACGAUGAAGAAGCUCACCAUCGAGUUAGAGUCACAGAGCGGUCAUGAGAAGGUUGUGGAGCAGAUCUCUCGUGAUCUGGCUCAGCUGUGUGACAGGCUUACAUCUCUUUGGGCUCAGUUUGUGGAGGCAGCUGUUCCAAAUCCCCAGGUCCGCAGCUACCUCGCCCAGGAGCACCACAAGCUCAGGGUCAGGAGGUUCUCAGAGGGCUACUUCUUCACCGAACAUCCCAAAGAGUCUUCACUCACCUUUCAGGAGGAACUUAUCGGUAAGCAUGCUCAGAUGGCCGUGGACUUGAGGACUUCAGAGUAUCUCAGUCUUAUGCCCCCUCUGCCAAUCGAGUGCCUCGAUAUUGAUGGUGACUGGAACAGCUUGCCAAUCAUCUUCGAGGACAGAUACGUUGAUGAACCCUGCUUAGAUUAUAAAACACACGUGCCAAAUGAGAUGGACUCAAACACUCCGAAAUCUACCCGUUAUGAUCAUACAGGAAAGCAACCCAUGUCCCCAUUAGUUAGGAGACCUCAAUCACCAGCAAUACACACUGAGGAUCCUGCCUCUAAAGACUUCAUGGACCUACCCACAUACAUGGCACUAAUCGGAAGGAAGAAAGACUCUGUGAUUGACAGAGAGGGGAACAUGGUUGAAUUGGAAAGUCCAGUUGGUUCUUUAGACGGGAAUACGUGUUUUGACAUAACUGGAACUGAGUUCGAAUCCAAAGGUGAAUCAAGUGCUGAGAGUCAUCAGGAAAGCGAGACACACACCGAUGAGCUGUCUCAUCGGUAUACUGAAAGAACUGGUUUGAAUUACAUAAAGGUCGCACCUAAUGAAUCUGACCCGUACAGGGGGGAUGCGGUGGAGCUCAUUCAAUCAAAAAACAUGAAAAUUAGUGAUCUCACUGUACCAGAUAUUUCUGAUAUAUCUGCAAACCCACAAAACAAUGAUUCAGAGGUUCAAUCAAUCUCUGAAACAAAUGGCAGCAAAGAAGAAGAGACAGUUUUGAAGGAUGAAUGCACAAAAUCACCAGCUUUGAGCCAAGCAAAGGAUGGUGGAAGUGUUGAUACAUUAUUGGUUAAUUCUUCUAUAACAGACCAACCAAUGACACUGCCACACAAUACCAGCAUUUUGCCUCUGGACCAUCCCUUGCCCGAGACACCUCCAAGAUCUGGGUUUCAUGGCAAAUUGAAGAUAAUGAAGCGUUCUUCCUCUGUGAUCUCAGACUCUGGUAUUGAAAGUGAACCCAGCUCCGUGGCCUGGCCGUUGGACAUCCGAUCCGGGGUUGCCGGAUGUCGUGACCCUGUUCACCUUUGUCGUCGACGAGUGCAUCGGAACUCCUUGGAAGGCCUUCAGACCGAGAGCCACGGAAGCCUACCCAGUGCUACGCAAGCUUCUCUAAGCUCCAUCAGCUCCCUGCCUUAUGAAGACGAUGACGAGGAAAGGCAAAGGCAACUCAGCACACUCACCAAAUCAGCUUCUGCUCCACAGAUCAGCAGCCCUGACAACAAUAACGAGCAUGUUGUCCAGAACCCAACCAAUCAAGCGAAGGUUGAACUAGAGGCCUCCAGUCAGAUAAGGACAAAAAUAAAAUGUCUCAAUAUAAUAGAGGUUGACAGACAGGACAAAUCUAAUCCGGAGAUGUUUGAAGAGAACACUGAAGAUAUCAAAACCGAUACUGGGUUGAUAAGUAACACUUCAGAAGUAUUACUUUGUAAUAAAACACCUGAGGAUGCAAGUAAUCAUGAGGAUGUAAAAGAUUGUACCGGUGUAUCGCAUGAUGGAGAUUCCAGUCUGCUUAAUGAAAACAGUGGACUUUGUGAGACCGAAAGCUGCAAAUUCAAGGUGUCAAACACAGGUACUAAUGAUUCUGAUAGUCACAGUUGUGAUGCCAUUAGUUUCCAUGACAUUCACCUUAGUGAUUUUGAGGAUGGUGAACAUGGUAAAAUCGCAGACCCAGCAAAUCAUGAAAACCAGCUGAGGUAUAAUGUUGAUAGCCAAGCUGGCAGUAAAUCCAGUGACCUCAAAGAGCUUGCUAGUGGAAGAGAGCAAGUGGGGAAGGACGGACAUGCCAAGACCAAUCAGGUGCCAAGUUCAGGCUUCGCAUUUAUGAAUAAAAAAGUGGUAGAGGUGGUGAAUUUGUCUGUUUCAUGUGCACCAACCUGCCUUCCCUUUUCUUCUGUGCUUCGCGACUCACCAUCUGUCAGUGGCCUCUCUGUCCGACAGGCCAAUUCCCCCAUUACCCAUCAGCCACUGGGAUCUUUCGGAAUAAUCUCAUCCUCAUCCUCCUCCUUGUCUCCUGAACAUGGAAUCAGUGAGAGAAUGCUAAAUUUUUAUAAAGCUAAAGAGGCUUUUCUGGGGAAGUUAGCAUUCCGAGCAACUCUUUACAGUGAUCUUCCUCUCCUCGCAUCUGAUCAUCCGUACUUCCCCCCUGAAGAAGAAGAAGAGGAGUUUGAGGAUGGAAUCCACCUGGUGGUGUGUGUACAUGGCUUGGAUGGCAACAGUGCAGAUCUGCGCUUAGUGAAGACCUUUAUAGAGCUAGGUCUGCCAGGGUCGAGGCUCGACUUCCUCAUGUCGGAACGCAACCAGACCGACACAUUUGCAGAUUUUGACACUAUGACAGAUCGGCUGCUGGACGAGAUCAUCCAGCACAUUCAGCUCUACAACCUCACUGUGGGAAGAAUCAGUUUCAUUGGUCACUCUCUGGGUAAUGUCAUCAUUCGCUCGGUGCUGACGAGGCCUCGGUUCCGCUGCUACCUCAGCAAACUGCACACCUUCCUGUCGCUGUCCGGGCCUCACCUCGGCACACUGUUCAACAACAGCACGCUGGUUAGCACAGGACUGUGGCUAAUGCAGAAGCUGAAGAAAUCUGGAUCCCUGCUUCAGCUCACUUUCAGAGAUCACACAGACCCCAGACAGACCUUCCUGUACACACUCAGCCAGAAACCUGGGCUGCAGUUCUUUAAGAACGUGGUGUUGGUAGCAUCCCCUCAGGAUCGUUACGUCCCCUUUCACUCAGCUCGCAUUGAGAUCUGCAGGAGCGCUCUGAGGGACAGAAGCACAGGUCCGGUGUACACAGAGAUGAUAAACAACCUCCUCCAGCCUCUGAUCGAUGCACCGCAGUGUCGUGUGAUCCGUCACAAUGUGUUCCACGCCUUACCCAACACCGCUAACACGCUAAUAGGCCGAGCCGCUCACAUCGCCGUGCUCGACUCCGAGCUCUUUCUGGAGAAGUUCCUGCUGGUCGCCGGUCUCGAGUACUUCAAAUAAUGGACUCCAUCACAGCCUGCUGGCCUGUCAGAAAGUUCCCAGAGCCCUUUUCUACCCAGGCCAAUCAGAAUCCAGCUGGUUCCUUCUGGUCUGCAGCAGGUUACAUCCAGGCUCAUCAUCUUCUAACGCAUCUUGGAGGAGAUCCAGCUUAAAUGGCCAGAAAAGUGGAGCAAAUCCUGACGAAUCAGAAACAGGAAUCAGGCCAGUCCUGUAAAUCGAAACAGCCAAUCAGAACAUGUCUCGCUACAUCUUCACUCCAUCCACUGACCAGUUAGAUUCACUCGAUCGGUUCAAACCCGAGAGAUCGCGGCCAAACCGAUCGGAUCCGUCAAAGUAGCAGAGGUCACAUAUCACACCGGUCGGUUUAUUCCUCAGCCAGGUAGCAUCCGACCAAUCGGAUUCAUCCGCUUUUAAACAACCAUGAAAAUGUAGCUUAGUACUCAAAAAAAACCUUCUCAUUCAGCCAAUCACAGAAGACCUCAGAGGUAUCAUGAUGAUGUCAGACUGCACUGAAGAUGAGCUUAAAGAUCCAGUAUUGUGUAGA